AUGUCGGACUCCGUUGAUCGGGUCUUUGUCCAUGCACUUAAUACCGUUAAAAAGAUUCCACGGACGGGGUCGGCGCGCCCACCCCCCGCGGACCGUUUGAAGCUAUAUGGACUAUACAAGCAGAGCAUGGAGGGGAAUGUAGAAGGGGUUAUGGACCGGCCAAGUGGGGAUGGGGCGGAUGUUCAGGCCGAGAAGGAGAAAUGGGAUGCGUGGUACGCACAGAAGAAUUUAUCGCGGACGGAAGCAAAACGACGUUAUAUUACUACGUUGAUAGAGACGAUGCAUCGAUACGCCGCUCCAACGCCCGAGGCACGAGAGCUGAUAUCGGAGCUGGAGUUUGUUUGGGACCAGAUAAAGUCAAACACCGCAUCUUCAUCUUCUUCAAGCCCAGUUCAAAUGGUGAGGCCACAUCAUCUACACUCACACGGAAAUUAUGAUUCAAUCGGAGGCCGAAUGGCGCGAGCCGAUGAUAAUCAAAUGGGGAGACAUUCAGGGAGGGAUUCACGAUUGAGAGUCCUGAGCCCAGUCAGCCAGCCUGAAGAACAAAUGAUGAGAAGACGAAACUACGAUCGUAUGCCAGGGGAGGAGCAGGGUGACGAGGACGAGGAUGAUGACGAAGAUGAAGAAGAGUUCCAAGAAGCACGAGACAGCUUCUACGGGGACGAGGACCAAGACGAGGAUGACGUACGUCAACAGAGACCACAUAUAGAUUUAGAUAUAGACCGGGAGAAGCGAAGCCGGCGAUGGCGAAGACGAGUCGAGCAGGCCUUGACUAAAAUGACCGCCGAAAUUGCCGCUAUGAGGGAACUCAUGGAAACACGUGCACACCAUAACGGACGCAGAAGAACUAUAUGGGUAUGGGUGAAAUGGCUGGUUUGGCUUGCGAUAAAGCAAAUAUGCUGGGAUAUUGUGCUCCUCGGCGUGAUAUGUGUUUGGCUGAGGCUUCGGGGUGAUCGACGAGUUGAAGAGAGAAUAAAAUACAUAUGGGCGGAGUUCAAGAAGCGGCUGUCCAAAGUCCGGUUUCGCAGAUACUUAACCCUAGCAGAGCUCACUCUGUGA